AGCUCUCAUCCCUCCAGAGAAAGAGUUCUAUCCUCAUGGAGCAAAUACCUUUGAACCCACCAAGUCCUCGUCGAGGGGCACAGAGGUUCAGGAGGCCAUGGCUCUUAUGUGUAGUUCCACUGUUGUUGCUGCUGUCCUAUACCACGGGUGCACUGAUCUUUUCCUCACUCAAGCCAACUGCCAAAGAGCCCUGUAUGGUUAAGUUCGAACUAUCACCUUCAAAGUGGCACAUGACAUCUCCUCAGCCUUUUUGUGUAAAUAUGACAUCUGACGGGAAGCUGGAGAUACUUCAGGAUGGCGUGUAUUUAAUCUAUGGCCAAGUGACUCCUGUCAAUAAAGAAGACAUAAAAAUCCCUGUUGACUUUAUAGUAGAACUAGUUAAAGAAGGAGAUGUUUUACAGUCUGCAACAAAUGACUUUCAAGUCAUAACUAUAGGAGGGAUUUAUGAAUUGCAUGCUGGAGAUUCCAUAUAUUUGAAGUUCAACAGUGAUGACCAUGUUCAGAAAAAUAAUACAUACUGGGGAAUUGUUUUAAUGCCAGAUCUCUCAUUCAGCUCCUAGAGAUUUAGUUUGGUCUUAUCAUCUUCCUUGGUGUAUCCGGCAAUUCUGGGAGGGUGGUGGGGCGGUUGACUUCAACACACAGUUUGUGGUGGCUUACAAAUCAACACAAAUAUAACUUCUUGGCAUCAUAAUAUUGUAACCCUCACAUCAGUCUGAAGAAGACUCAGUGAAUUGGCCAAAUCCCUGAUGUUGGGUCUAGAAAAAUACACUUUCAUAAUCCAUGAUAAAAUGAGUAUGGGUAACAGAGGACAGAAACGUUUCCAAAAACCAUCUGUCUAACCCUUGAAUCUCUGGGUGGAAAAUGAGGUCCUAUUUCCAUGGGACUCUUACUUGGUUUACAAAAAGGAUGUUGGGCAGUAGCCUGACCUUUUUUUUAAAAAAUCAUAAUCUCCUUGAACUGCUUUACCUUAAUCCCUUCAUACUCUUACCUUCUGAGAGCCUUCUAAUGAAAAGCUGUCAGACUGAUGGGGUGGCCAAGAUAUGACAACAACACCCUCCUUUAGAUGUGGUAUUUUUAGAGGAUAGAGAGCACUAUGAAACCUAUUGGGACAGAGGUGGAGAUGUUAUGGAAUGAGAUUGAUCUUGGAGUUUUUCUUGAUUUCAUCAUGCUCAGGAUGCAGGUUCAUUCUGAACUUUCUCGUAAACCUCCAUUGUUUUUGUGUGUAUAAACACUGCAAACAGUAAAAUGAGAGGUUGCUCUAGUAGUCAUUAGAUUUAACCCUAGAAAUUGGUACUUCCCUGGCCAAUUAUGUAAUGAUUCCAAAUUUUUAGUUUGUGUUCCCUAACUGGCAAAUAUACCAAUUUUCCUAUACCAACCAACUCUAUGAUGUUAAUGGGGCAAAUAUUUUUUAGGAAAAAAAUUGAACAAUGAGAACAUGAAUAGAUGGAUCAUAAAACUCUUACCUCAUUUCAAAUUCACAAUGAAUUGAGUAAGAGUUUGCCAUUCACAUGAUCUCUGAUUUGAAAUUGGUAUUUCUACUGUCUCAUUAAACAUCUGUAAAACGGAAUUUAUUCAACUUUAAAAUGGAUGCAUUGCCUUUACCCCAAGGUGGCCAGAAUGAAGCUACAAGAGAGUCUUUCUUUACCUGCAGACAUUGUCCUCUUCUUGCCUGGAGCAAGAAAAGCCAGUAUCCUGUUGGAAGAUCCCAUUUCAUUUAAGCGUGCUGACUUCUCCAAGUAAUAAAGAACAUUCAUGUUCAAAAUUGGACUCUGUUAAAUUUAACCAGCUUGCAAGUUCUUGCUGAAAAGUAUUUUAAACCAAUUUACAAUAUUUAUGGGUAUUUGUGAAAAGCUAUAUUAUAAUUAUGUUUUAUAUAAGGCUAAUUUAAAAUAUUUUUAUUGUAUAUAACAAAAAUACUUAUUGUAGGCUAAGCUAUUUCUUCUUAUUUUUUGUGAAUACUUGUUGAAUUUCUGUAGAGUACAAAUACUCUUGUGUUUGCAUAUUUUCUCAGGAAAUUAAAAUUACAUCAUAUAUAUUUAUAGAAACCUGCUAGUGUUCUUAUUUGUUGUGUUGUAAGUAGCCCUGUGCUGGCAUGGGCUAACACUACUUCAUAAAAAGCAAUUGUUUAAUUUUUUUUUGAAUUGUGCAGUCUGGGAAUUUUUAUACAAUGUAUAUUGACAAACACUACAAACCAAAGCAUUUCUUUUGAAAAACUGGUUCACUAGGACACUAUUCUUUGUAAAAGGUGUGUGUGUGUGUGUGUGUGUGUGUGAUGUAUGUGAUUGUGUAGGUGUGUGCACAUAUAUGUUGUGGGAGAGCCAUGCAUGUGCUUGUGGGUGGCACACUGAGUGUUGCUCUUUACCUUAGACUUUGAGACAUAGUUUCUCCCUGAACCUGGAGCUCAUUUAUUUGGCUUGGCUGGCCCACCAUUUGGCUCUAGGGAUCUACCUAUUACUGCUUUACCUCACCACCCACAUGUCUUUGGUUACAGGUGUGUGCCACUAUGUCUCCCUGUUUCAUGGAUUUGGGUGAUCUAAACUCCAGUCCUUAUACUUACAUAGCAGGCAUGUUACUAAUGGAGCUAUUUUUUUAAAUAUAUUACCAAUGUCAUUCCGUCCCUGCCUCUUUCUUAGAACAAUCAAGGCAGACAAAAUGACAAUAUGAUGUUGCCACACUCCCAGCAAAGGUCCAACAGAAUUGUGAUUUUUUUUUAGAACCAGAAGAAGUUUCUGUACUUCAGACAGAGGGAUAGCUACCAAUAUACAGCAUCUGAAUUUAUCCCAAUUUUAUCAUUUCAGUCUUUGCUUUCAAUGUGUACUCAGUUCCUUUUCUGUAUUUUAAAACUACAAUAAAAAGUAUAUUUUUAACUGUACUGCAAUUGAUUUGUUUUUUGGGUUAUAGUCAAGUUAGUGAUUUAAAGAGUACAAAAUUACAUCAGAGAAACC